AUGGCGACAUCGAUUAGAUAUUUCCAGCAUGAUAUCCCCACUGAUACCCACGAACACUACGAGGUGACAUUCUUCACAGACACCGUUUUAACUCUUGUCACAAAAACACCAUCCUUCGUCGACACAUGGAUAUCCCAAAUCGAACACAAACACCGCCGUCGUCUCCACUGCCUCAUCGUCGGCCUCGAUGUUGAGUGGCGACCUAACCUCAUUCGGAAUCACGAAAACCCGGUGGCGACCCUCCAACUGUGCGUAGGAGGCCAGUGCCUGAUUUUUCAGAUCCUCUUCUCUCCUACAAUGCCUCAGUCGCUCAGAAACUUCCUCCGUAAUCCCUCCUACACAUUUACCGGCGUUGGAAUCGAUAAAGACGUCGAGAAGCUUAAGGAGCACUGGAACCUGGAGGUUGCGAAUACUGUUGACAUCGGGGCUUUGGCGGCGGAGGAGUAUGGUAUGAGGAAUCUUCGGAAUGCAGGGUUGAAACGGUUGACGAGAAAGGUCCUCGGGAAGGAGUUGAUGAAGCCCGAGGAUGUGACGAUGAGCAGAUGGGAUGAUGAAAGGCUGGCUGCGGAGCAGAUACAAUAUGCAUGCAUCGAUGCUUUCUUGAGUUACAAGAUCGGAAGGAUCUUGAUUUCUGGGAAUGCGAGCUGAAUGGAAUUUGAUUCACAAUCUAUGAUCUAAGCUAGGUACUCUUUCAUAGGAAAAGAUUAGGGUUUUUUAAUAUAUAUUUUUUGUUUUAUUUUUUGGUGGAUGUUGAGUGUUUGGUUGAAUACAUGUCAAAAACUUUGGUCCAGAUGAAUUACAUUACCUGUUUGCUUUUGAAUUUAAGAUCAAUUUGAUGGAUUCUUGGACACUUGUUCGUAGUCAUUCAAUUGCAUGGUAUUUUAUUUUAU